AUGCGUACAUCUGAUGAGGGUGAUUCUCUUACUUCAGCAGCAGGUGAUCCUUCGCCUGCCGUUGCGAUUCAGCAACAGGCGGUGUCUGUUGUGAACAGUCCGCGUGGCGAGUCACCGCGUGCGAAAGAUAGAUCUGCUGCGGUUGCAGCGGGUACUGCAAAUCGCAAUGUGUUUGAUUCUGAAAUAGAGCUCAUCGAUUCCAGCGAGUCGGAUGAUGUAUCAGACUCGAAGGCGGCACCUCACGCCUCCCGAUCAUCCGGGGCGGACAUUGCAAGAGCCAGGUUGACUGGUUCUGGUCAACGUGGCGGCACCAUACUCGAAAUCUUCGGAUCGAGCGAUUGUUCCGACGAAUCCUUGUCUUACGCUACUCAACCCAACGAUAGGACGCGUGGUAAUGGUGGUGAUGCUCUUAUGCAUCACCACGAGCGAAGUAACUCGAGAGAUCGAGGUGUCACUGUUGUCAUUGAUCACGCUGGCAAUCAAGAGGCCCGGAACCGAAAUUUCCUGCGCCACGCUCCUCAAGUUGAGUCUCCUUGGAUGACGGCAUCCAAGGAGUUGGACCGGUUGGCCAGCAUGACUACCAAUCGAGAUCGAAUCCCGUUUUUCGAUUGCAGGAAGAUUUGCCCGCCUGAUUCCAGCACGGAAACUUUCCGUGCUGAGGAAGAGUCUUCACCGAUGCGAUUUUACACAUCGGUGGUACAAUGGGAAUGUGGUCGAGACGGAAAGGCCUUGAUGCUAGGAUGGAAUGCCUUCAUCCAUAACAUCAAGUGCAUUAGCCGUGAGGCCUGUCUCGGUAAAUUUGAUGCAGCUCGCAUCAGGUAUAAGAAACGCAACCCAGCCGGAAUGCGAUACAAGUUGCACCGGCUGUCAGUAGAGGCAGGAUUACCCUGUAUCUCGUGGGGUGAUUCGUGUCCAGGUUGCCUGGACAAUUCGAACCGUGCUCCUAGGGAGACCUCCCUCCCUAAUGUUCUCUACUGGAGGGCGCGCAUCUCUUCUGAGAUGGCCGAAAAGAUCGACACUUUGCAAUCCCUGUACGCACGUUCGGGGAGGUCGAUUUCCGACGGCCCUUUUUCAAACGCAGCGGGUGGGUCUCGUCGUACUGCUAGACGAGACCCAGGACAUCAACAAUCAUCUGGGCACGAGGCUCCCAGCUGUCCCACGCCGGUGGAUAGCCACGCCAGCGGAAGAGGUAACUCGUCUGGACACCAUUCACGUCGCGGUGGCUCAAAAAGCGCUCCAUUAGAAAGCGUUGACCAUCGCUUGAGUCCACCAUAG